UUUUUAGUGGUUUUUAAUGAUGAUGAGCCCAGUCAGAUCAAGAGAGAAUAGAAAACAUUCUCAAGCUAGUAAAUCAUUAAAUUUCAGUCUUCCUAAAAGAGCCUCAUCAUAAAUCAAGUAACACUUUAUUUAAGAAACAGAAUCCAUCAUUUACCAAACAUCUCAAAUAAUUCAACUUGUUGCAGUAAUUCGAAUACAUCUAGUCCUCCAUAAAGCUGUUCGAAAUUAGAGGAUGAUUAAAUUGAUAGUAUAUCGCCAUUUUGAUUAAUAGUGUCUCCUGUUUCCCAAAAUACAUUCUAAGAUCCCUUGAAUUACUUUGCUUAUGAGGACUUCAAUUCAAUUCUCCCAGUCACUAUUAAUGGAGUCAAGAUUCUAAAAGUUGAUUGGAGUUACUUUUCAGCACCUCCAAAUAUUUUAUCACCUUGGAAAGCACAUUGCUUUUGGACGGUUGGAUACACGUUUGACAUUAAUAUGAGAAAAAUGAAAAAAUCAUAAAAUAUCAAAUAUAGAUUAGUCAUCCAGAGUUGGUGUUGUCUCAAUAAUAAGUCUUGGGUUAAAAAUAAAUGGGACAGAUUGUUGGAACAUGAAACUGGCCAUUAUUUGAUUGGAUGUCUUUGUGCCUUGGAAUUCAAACAAAAGUAUAAUAAUUGCCUAAUAAUAGAGCUGAUAAAUUCAAGUAUACUAAGAAUUACAGGAUGGAAUGCACUAAACUGUUUUAAGACACGUUUUAAUUCUAUCUUUAGAUGGAAAAACAGUAUGACGAAGAAACCAAUCAUAGUUAAAAUGUAUCUAAGUAAAAGGAAUGGAAUUAAUUCAUCAAGUCGGAACUUCUAAGAUAUUGA